AUGUCAAAAGUUUCAAUUGCAAUCCUCGGUCUUUCAGGCUCAUUAGGUAAACCAACCAUCGAAGCCAUCAAUUCUGGUAAAUUCGAUGACAAGAUCCAAUUCCCCGUCAAGGCAUUCUCAAGACAAGACAGAGAAUCAACUGAUCGUAUUAAAUACAUUAAAUCUGAACUUACUGAAGACACCGUUGAUUCAAUCUCGCAAGAAUUGGCCGGGGUUGAUGUUAUUAUUGAAUAUCUUAAUCCAAACCCUGCUUUAUUAACUAUUGUUGAAAAAGUUCUUGAAAAAGUUAAACCAAAAUUAUUUAUUCCUUCACAAUUUGGAAUUGAUAUUUUGCUUGCUAGACAAUAUAUUCCUGAUAUUUUACAUAUGAAAUAUGAUCAUAGUGAAAAUGUAAGAGCUAUUGGUGGGAUUAAGGUGGUUGAUAUUGUUACUAAUUGGUUUGCUGAAGAUGGAUUAUAUUUAUAUGAAUUUGUUCCUCAUAUUGGAAUUGAUAAGGAGACUAAUACCUAUUUACAAAUUGGUGAUUUAGAUACCACUUUCCCAUUUACUAGGGUUGAAGAUAUUGGAUAUAUCGCGAUUGCAACUGCAACUACACCAGUUGAGAAACUUCCUGAUCAAAUUAGGGUUAAAUCGGGUGAUGUUUCUUUUAGGGAAGUUAUUGAAAGAUAUGAAAAGAAUCAUAAUGUUAAGUUAGAAGUUGGGACUAAACUUACUCCAGAAGAAGCUAUGAAACAAUUGAAAGAAAAACAUGAAAAGACUGGUUUCAAUUGGGGUGAUUUCUUUUUCUAUCUUCAAACUCUUGCUGUUGCUGUUGGAUUGAGUUAUGAUUCUAAAGAUAAUGAAUUGAUCAAUCCUGAUGAAUCCAUUUGGAAAUGGGGUGUUUUCUAA